CGUUCAAUCCAAUCAAAAUUCUUUUAGUAUAGUGCAAGAAGGAUUUUUGCUAUCGAAUGGUGUCAGUGUAAUUCAAUAUUUUUUGUAUUAUCAAUUUUCGUGAAAUAAUUUUUCGUAGCACGGAAUUAAAAUCCAUAUAAUAUUAUAUAAUUAUAGAGUAAAAAUUUUUAAAUUCAAAAUUCUAUAACCUACAAAAAUAUGUCUGCCACUAAAUUACAGUCAUUAUAUUAUUUUCCAAAACCAAAUCGAUGGACUAAAGGAAUAGGAGCAGCUCUACCAGAAGAAUAUAAAAAAUUUUGGAAAGAAUGGAAAAUUCAACAACCCACUGCGGUUCAUUACAUAAAAGAGGAGGGAAAAUAUACUAGAAAUGAAAAAACAGGAGAAGUUUAUCCGGUACAAAAUAUACCGAUUCCUCUGAAAUAUCCAAAUGAAUUUCACCAGUGUAUAUUAGGUGGAGAAGCUAUAGUCCAAGGUUUCAUGAAACGUGGAAAAUAUAAUCGCAGAAAUCCUCAUUUUUGGUUUCCUGUAUUAAGGAGAUCAAUACUCUAUAGCGAAGUUUUGGAUACAUAUAUAAGAACUAUCAUUACAUUGAGAACUAUUAAUUUAAUUCAUGAAAAUUAUGGAUUUGAUCAUUAUUUAUUGAAGACUCCAGCGUGCGACUUGAAAUCAGAACUCGCUGUGAAACUAAAGCGAGAAAUACUUAUUGCAUUAGCAGAUAAAACAUUAUAUCCAAAUGAUGAAGCCAAGCGAGAAGAAGUAUAUAACAAAUAUUCGCAAUAUUUAUCUUCAUAUACGCGAGCAGAAAUUGAAUGGUAUGGCUUAACGUUUAAGGACGCGUGUAAAAAAUACAUUAAUAUGCAAAAAGAACAAACUAUAGUCGAACCAUUAAAAAUUAAAUACAGAUCUGAAUUAAUAGCUCAACUUAAAGAAAACAAUAUUGAAGAAGCACAGGGUGUUGAUGUCAGUUUACCAGAUAAAAAGGACGCUUCGUGGUUAUCCAAAUGGAAUCCAUUUUAAAAGACAUCAGAAACCAAAUAGAUAAUAUUUUUAAUUUGAUAAUGGAUAUUUUGUAAAUAGUAAAAAUAAAAGAAAAGUAUUUCAAGUAAACGUAAUACCC